ACAUAUAAAAACUCACAGUUUAGUGAACAAAACAGACAGAGGACGACAGAAGACAAAGACUUUCUGAAAACACAAGUCUAUACCGAACCAUGAGGCUCUACAUUAUUUAUGGUGUUCUGGUUUUGGCUGUGCUUCAGUACAGCCCAAGUGUUGAUGCUACUAAAGUGAAAUUCGGCCCCCUCUGCAGUGGCAACCCAAAUAACAAUAAAAGAGGAUGUGAUACUAAAGGCUGUGGAAACUUUGGAGCCACCCGGAAGGGCAAAGAUGGUGUCAAACGAAAACACAAGGGUCUUGACAUUGUGUGUAAUGAUGGAUCUACCAUUUAUGCACCAUUUGAUGUAAAGUUAAAUGGCAAAGCUGUUCCAUACAAAAUAAACAAUGCUAUCAAUGAUGGCAUAAAACUGAAUGGAGAAGGACUUUGCUUCAAGCUCUUCUAUGUUAAGCCAGACAAGUACUCUGGGAGUCUGAAGAAAGGCCAGAAGAUCGGAACUCUGCUCCCAAUGCAGAAGGUUUAUCCUGGAAUCACCUCCCAUGUUCAUGUGCAGAUGUGUGACGAAUCAGAUCCCACCAAAUACUUCUAAUACUUCUAGCCACUUGUAAUCCUUACAUCGCUCAGGGUCUCUUUGAGACUUUUCUCAAUUAAAAUCAUGCUUAAAAUAAAUACAUUAAUAAACAUUAAACAUUUAUUUUGCUAUUUCUUUUCCAAACAUGUGUCUACAAAUGAGUGGUUGUUUUAAAAGAACCAUCUGCCCUAAAAGGAAAUAGACUUAGCUAUUAUACUGCAUAUUUAAACUCUAGGUCAUUCCAAAAUGGCUAAAAAAUCUUUUCUUGCUAAUAUAUCUGAGACAGUACUUUCCUUUGGAACUAUAAUGUCUUUUAAAUGAACUAUUGAGACCAAGUUAAUGUGCCUCAACUUCAGUAGUCCCUUAGCAAUUUCAGUAGUUUUGUACUAAGAUGUUGUUAAAAUUGAUAUGUUCAAUGCAGUUGUUUUAAAAGAAAGAAAAAAGAUACAUUUCUAGAUUCAACACCAUUUGUUCUUCAGACAUUCCUCUUUAAAAUAAAUGAAAU